AUGCCAGGGCCGUGGGGGACCGUUUAUUUUCUAGGCAUUGCUCAGGUUUGCGGUUUCUGGCUUUCCUGGUGGAAUUUGGAAGGGGUCAUGAAUCAAACUGAUGCUCCUCGACCCCUGAACUGGACCAUCCGGAAGCUGUGCCACGCAGCCUUUCUCCCAUCUGUCAGACUUCUUAAGGCUCAGAAGUCUUGGAUAGAAAGAGCCUUUUAUAAAAGAGAAUGUGUUCACAUCAUCCCCAGCACCAAAGACCCCCAUAGGUGUUGCUGUGGGCGUCUAAUAGGCCAGCAUGUUGGCCUCACUCCUAGUAUCUCGGUUCUUCAGAAUGAGAAAAACGAAAGUCGCCUCUCUCGAAAUGACAUCCAGUCUGAGAAGUGGUCCAUCAGCAAGCACACUCAACUCAGCCCCACCGAUGCUUUUGGGACCAUUGAGUUCCAAGGAGGCGGCCAUUCCAACAAAGCCAUGUAUGUACGAGUAUCUUUCGAUACAAAACCUGAUCUCCUCCUACACCUGAUGACCAAGGAAUGGCAGCUGGAGCUUCCCAAGCUUCUCAUCUCGGUGCAUGGGGGCCUGCAGAACUUUGAACUCCAGCCGAAACUCAAGCAGGUCUUUGGAAAAGGUCUCAUCAAAGCAGCCAUGACAACGGGAGCAUGGAUAUUCACUGGAGGAGUCAACACAGGUGUUAUUCGUCAUGUUGGCGAUGCCUUGAAGGACCAUGCAUCUAAGUCUCGAGGAAAGAUAUGUACCAUAGGUAUCGCCCCUUGGGGAAUUGUGGAAAACCAGGAAGACCUGAUUGGAAGAGAUGUUGUCCGGCCAUAUCAGACCAUGUCCAAUCCCAUGAGCAAGCUCACUGUUCUCAACAGUAUGCAUUCCCACUUCAUUCUGGCCGACAAUGGGACCACUGGAAAGUAUGGAGCAGAGGUGAAACUUAGGAGACAACUGGAAAAGCAUAUUUCACUCCAGAAGAUAAACACAAGAUGCCUGCCGUUUUUCUCUCUUGACUCCCGCUUGUUUUAUUCAUUUUGGGGUAGUUGCCAAUUAGACCCAAUUGGAAUCGGUCAAGGCGUUCCAGUGGUGGCGCUAAUUGUGGAAGGAGGACCCAAUGUGAUCUCAAUUGUCUUGGAAUACCUUCGAGACACCCCUCCUGUGCCCGUUGUUGUCUGUGAUGGGAGUGGACGGGCAUCCGACAUCCUGGCAUUUGGGCAUAAAUAUUCAGAAGAAGGCGGACUUAUAAAUGAAUCUUUGAGGGACCAGCUAUUGGUAACCAUCCAGAAGACUUUCACAUACACCCGAACCCAAGCUCAGCACCUCUUCAUCAUCCUCAUGGAGUGCAUGAAGAAGAAAGAACUGAUUACAGUAUUUCGGAUGGGAUCAGAAGGACACCAGGACAUUGAUUUAGCCAUCCUGACAGCUUUGCUCAAAGGAGCCAACGCCUCAGCCCCAGACCAACUGAGCUUAGCUUUAGCCUGGAACAGAGUCGACAUCGCCCGCAGCCAGAUCUUUAUUUAUGGGCAACAGUGGCCGGUGGGGUCUCUGGAGCAAGCCAUGUUGGAUGCCUUAGUUCUGGACAGAGUGGAUUUUGUGAAAUUACUUAUAGAGAAUGGAGUAAGCAUGCAUCGUUUUCUCACCAUCUCCAGACUAGAGGAAUUGUACAAUACGAGACAUGGGCCCUCAAACACAUUGUACCACUUGGUCAGGGAUGUCAAAAAGCGAGAAUAUCCAGGUUUCGGUUGGAUCUAUUUUAAGGGGAACCUGCCACCAGACUACAGAAUCAGCCUGAUCGAUAUUGGCCUGGUGAUCGAGUACCUGAUGGGAGGGGCUUAUCGCUGCAACUACACGCGCAAGCGCUUCCGGACGCUCUACCACAAUCUCUUUGGCCCAAAGAGGCCCAAAGCCUUGAAACUGUUGGGAAUGGAGGAUGAUGUUCCUUUGAGGCGAGGAAGAAAGACAACCAAGAAGCGUGAAGAAGAGGUGGACAUUGACUUGGAUGACCCUGAGAUCAACCACUUCCCUUUCCCUUUUCAUGAACUGAUGGUGUGGGCCGUCCUGAUGAAGCGGCAGAAGAUGGCCCUAUUCUUCUGGCAGCAUGGCGAGGAGGCCAUGGCCAAGGCCCUGGUGGCCUGUAAGCUCUGCAAAGCCAUGGCCCACGAGGCUUCUGAGAACGACAUGGUAGAUGACAUCUCUCAGGAGCUGAACCACAACUCCAGGGACUUUGGCCAGCUGGCCGUGGAGCUCCUGGACCAGUCCUACAAGCAGGAUGAGCAGCUGGCCAUGAAACUGCUGACGUAUGAACUGAAGAACUGGAGCAAUGCCACGUGCCUACAGCUUGCGGUAGCUGCCAAGCACCGUGACUUCAUCGCGCACACGUGUAGCCAGAUGUUGCUCACAGACAUGUGGAUGGGUCGGCUCCGGAUGCGCAAGAACUCAGGCCUCAAGGUAAUUCUGGGAAUUCUACUUCCUCCUUCAAUUCUCAGCUUGGAGUUCAAGAACAAAGAUGACAUGCCCUAUAUGACUCAGGCCCAGGAAAUCCACCUGCAAGAGAAGGAGCAAGAAGAACCAGAGAAGCCCACGAAGGAAAAAGACGAAGAGGACAUGGAACUGACAGCAAUGUUGGGAAGAAACAACGGGGAGUCCUCCAGGAAGAAGGAUGAAGAAGAAGUUCAGAGCAGACACCGGUUAAUCCCCCUGGGCAGAAAAAUCUAUGAAUUCUACAAUGCACCCAUUGUGAAGUUCUGGUUCUACACUCUGGCGUACAUCGGAUACUUGAUGCUGUUCAACUAUAUCGUGCUAGUGAAGAUGGAGCGCUGGCCUUCUACCCAGGAAUGGAUCGUCAUUUCCUAUAUUUUCACCCUGGGAAUAGAAAAGAUGAGAGAGAUUUUGAUGUCAGAGCCAGGAAAGUUGCUGCAAAAAGUGAAGGUGUGGUUGCAAGAGUACUGGAAUGUCACAGACCUCAUAGCGAUCCUUCUGUUCUCUGUUGGAAUGAUUCUUCGUCUCCAAGACCAACCCUUCAGGAGUGAUGGGAGGGUCAUCUAUUGUGUGAACAUCAUUUAUUGGUACAUUCGUCUAUUAGACAUCUUCGGCGUGAACAAGUAUUUGGGCCCAUAUGUGAUGAUGAUUGGAAAAAUGAUGAUAGACAUGAUGUACUUUGUCAUCAUUAUGCUGGUGGUGCUCAUGAGUUUUGGGGUCGCCAGGCAAGCCAUUCUCUUUCCCAAUGAGGAGCCAUCAUGGAAACUGGCCAAGAACAUCUUCUACAUGCCCUACUGGAUGAUUUAUGGGGAAGUGUUUGCGGACCAGAUAGACCCUCCCUGUGGACAGAAUGAGACUCGAGAGGAUGGUAAAAUAAUCCAACUGCCCCCCUGCAAGACAGGAGCCUGGAUCGUGCCGGCCAUCAUGGCCUGCUACCUCCUAGUGGCAAACAUCCUGCUGGUCAACCUCCUCAUCGCUGUCUUUAACAAUACAUUUUUUGAGGUAAAAUCAAUAUCCAAUCAAGUGUGGAAGUUCCAGAGGUAUCAGCUCAUCAUGACUUUCCAUGAAAGGCCUGUUCUGCCCCCACCUCUGAUCAUAUUCAGCCACAUGACCAUGAUAUUCCAGCACCUGUGUUGCCGAUGGAGGAAACACGAGAGUGACCCAGAUGAAAGGGACUAUGGCCUGAAACUCUUCAUAACUGAUGAUGAGCUCAAGAAAGUACAUGAUUUUGAAGAGCAGUGCAUAGAGGAAUAUUUCAGAGAAAAGGAUGAUCGAUUCAACUCGUCCAAUGAUGAGAGGAUACGAGUGACUUCAGAAAGGGUGGAGAAUAUGUCCAUGCGGCUGGAGGAAGUCAACGAGAGGGAGCACUGCAUGAAGGCCUCACUCCAGACUGUGGACAUCCGGCUGGCACAGCUCGAGGACCUCAUCGGGCGCAUGGCCACAGCCCUGGAGCGCCUGACGGGCCUGGAGCGGGCUGAAUCCAACAAAAUCCGCUCGCGGACCUCCUCGGACUGCACAGAUGCAGCCUACAUUGUCCGCCAGAGCAGCUUCAACAGCCAGGAGGGGAACACCUUCAAGCUCCAAGAGAGUAUAGACCCUGCAGGUGAGGAGACCUUGUCCCCAACUUCUCCAACCUUAAUGCCCCGUAUGCGAAGCCAUUCUUUCUAUUCAGUCAAUAUGAAAGACAGAGGUGGGAUAGAAAAGUUGGAGAGUCUUUUUAAAGAAAGGUCCCUGAGCCUACACCGGGCUACUAGUUCCCACUCUGUAGCAAAAGAAUCCAAAGCUCCUGCAGUCCCUGCAAACACCUUGGCCAUUGUUCCCGACUCCAGAAGACCAUCUUCAUGUAUAGACAUCUAUGUCUCUGCCAUGGAUGAGCUCCACUGUGAUAUAGACCCACUGGACAAUUCCGUGAACAUCCUGGGGCUGGGAGAACCAAGCUUUUCGGCUCCAGUACCUUCCGCGGCUCCUUCAAGUAGUGCCUAUGUGACUCUUGCACCCACAGACAGACCACCAAGCCGGAGCAUUGAUUUUGAGGACGUCACCUCCAUGGACACUAGAUCUUUUUCUUCAGACUAUACCCACCUCCCAGAAUGCCAAAACCCAUGGGACACUGACCCUCCAAUGUACCACACCAUUGAGCGUUCCAAAAGUAGCCGCUACCUAGCCACCACCCCCUUUCUUCUAGAAGAAGCCUCCAUCGUGAAAUCACAUAGCUUUAUGUUUUCUCCUUCGAGGAGCUGCUAUGCCAACUUUGGGGUGCCCAUGAAAACAGCAGAAUAUACAAGUAUUACAGACUGUAUUGACACGCGAUGUGUCAAUGCCCCUCAAGUGAUUGCUGACAGAGCCAGCUUCCCGGGCGGUCUUGGGGGAAAAGUGGAGGAAUCGUGCUGCCAUCCCGAGCGAGAGGCAGAGCUGAGUCACCCCAGCUCUGAUGGUGAGGAGAAUGAGGCCAAGGGCCGGAGAGCCACGAUCACAAUGACCCCCCAGGAGGGUGAUAAUUCCGACAGAACCCUGUCCAACAACAUCACAGUUCCCAAGGUAGAGCGCGCCAACAGUUACUCAGCAGAGGGGACAAGCACACCGUACGCACGUACCAGGAAGAGCUUCUCCAUCAGUGACAAACUCGACAGGCAGCGGAACACGGCAAGCCUGAGAAACCCCUUCCAGAGGAGUAAGUCCUCCAAGCCGGAGGGCCGAGGGGACAGUCUGUCCAUGAGGAGACUCUCCCGAAUGUCUGCUUUUCACAGCUUUGAAAGCAAGCACAACUAAACCUUCUAAUAAGUUUUGCAGGAGGCUCAAGAAUCCAGCCCUCAAAUUCUCCCUGAAAUUCACCGGUUCCCGUUUCUAGAAACUCACCUGCUUUAUUCUUAGCUGAGCAAA